AUGGAGAAGCUUGCUACCUUGGUUUUGAUUUGCUGUUUAUUUACGGCACUUCUAUUCCUCUCUUUACCAGUGAUGUCUCAAGAAGUUGAAGAUGAGAGCGAUUUUAGUCACGACGAAAAGAGCGAGAAUGGACCAUCUCGUUGGGGAGACAUACACCCCAAAUGGAGUUUGUGCAACAAUGGAUCCAUGCAGUCGCCUAUUGAUCUAUUGAAUGAGAGGGUUCAAAUAGGAUCCCAUCUAGGGAGGCUUCAGAUGAACUACCAACCCUCUAAUGCCACUAUCAAGAAUAGGGGCCAUGAUAUUAAGCUAGAAUGGGUUGCUGGCUCAGGCUAUCUUCAAACUAAUGAAACUAAGUACGUACUCAAACAAUGUCAUUGGCAUUCUCCCUCUGAGCACACAAUAGAUAUGGCAAAAGAGUUACACAUGCUGCACGAAACUUCAUCUGGACAAUCUGCUGUGAUUGGAAUACUGUACAAAAUUGGAAGACCAGAUUCUUUCUUGUCAUCGUUAACGGAUCAUUUAAGAGCCAUUUCUGAUACCACGGGAGAAGAAAGAGUGGUGGGUGUAGUUGACCCUAGGCAAAUCAAAAUAUUCUACAAGCAGUAUUACAGAUAUAUUGGUUCACUGACAAUUCCUCCUUGCACCGAGAAUGUUUCUUGGACCAUCAUACAAUCCGUUUCAAAGGAACAAGUUAGAUUGCUUCGAGUCGCUGUUCAUGAUGAAUCAGAUACUAACGCAAGGCCACUGCAACUAAUAAAUAACCGUUAA